AAAAAAAAAAUUCUAGGUGUAUGGGAGGUGACUCUAAAUGCUUGGCCUCACGCAUGUUCCUAUCCAAGAUGGAGGUUUGACAACCCCCAGGAAGCCAAGAGAAUAGAACUCGACUUGUUUUUCUUUACAGUAAAAAUACUGGAAAGAAGGCAUGGAAGAACGGGAUGAUGGUGGCCUCGUUUUAGGUGCAGAUAUCAACCACGAACUGGUGGCAAGUAUUUGUGUUGAGGAACCACUGAUAUCACCAACCCCAUCAUCACUCUUUGAGGAGCUGACUUCCAACUUAAUAGACCAAUCCGACAUUGAUCUAUACCUCGAAUGUGAUGAUGACAAGUCAUAUGCUGUUCCCCAGCUUCAGGAUGAUGCUCCAUCACAUUCACUGCUGGGAAGCAAUGUGAGCAUGAGAAUAUCAUUCCCCACUCCUCCCUCUGACACAGGAACUGAUGAAGGAUUCUCAUGCAAAUACUGCAAGUGCAAUUUUCUAAGUCAAAAGCAUUUAUCUCUGCACACACGGACCGCCCAUGGAGAAGGCAGCAUCAGCAAUGGAAAAAUUAAGAAGAAUGCUGGUGUUGAUGUGGAAGGCGAAGUUAACCAAACCAAUGGAAGAAAAUUCCUGCUGUCAUCCCCAGGGUCAGCAGCUGCCCUGGUGCCUUCACUUUUUUCACCGGGCAUUCCUAGGAAAAUCAAAUCAAACUAUGUUAAACGAAAACAUUUGAAGAAGAAAACUGUAGGGCAUUUGUCAAUAACUAAGAGGUCUAAGUCAGACUCAGAGGUAGUGCCAUCAAAGUUAGUGGAUUCACCAUCAGGAAGUGGGAAAAAGAAACUUCAGAUGCAGCAAGAAUCUUCAAAUGAGACAAUAGAUGUAGAGUCGUACUCUUCUGAUAGCUCGCCAGGUAGUCAAAAAGCUCAAGAGAGCUUAGACAAGCAGCAGAUUUCUGGAGUGUCGUACACAUGUGCCAUCUGCAUGAAAACAUAUGUUUCAAAAUAUGCACUUAAACGCCAUGUUGCUACACAUAGUGAUGAACGCCCAUUUGUUUGCUCAUUCCCUGGCUGCAAGGGAGCGUUCAAGCUGAAGUCAAGACUAACUGAUCAUGUCCGUUAUGUACACAAGCGGAAAACUGCUAGAGCAGUCAGCAGAAGUAAACCACUUCUAACAUCUGCUUCAACACCAGCAGAGCAGCCAUCUCAUGCAGCUGAACAACAACUACAAGCAAAAACCAACACAACUGCAAAAGAUGCCAGUGCUGUGCCCAAUCCAGGAAACAGUAAUCUUAGCAAUGGCAGCUCUGCUAGUAAUAUCCCUGCUUCUGGGAAAGCAAGCUCGUCAAUGAAAUUUAAAUGUCCUGAACCAAACUGUAGCCGAGAGUUUAGGGACAGCCAUAAUCUCCGAAACCACAUGUGUCUCCACACAGGUUGUCUCCCACUUAAAUGCACACAGUGUGACUAUCGCUGUGUUCAAGAAUCAUCACUAAGGUGGCAUCACAAUAAAAUGCAUGUUUGAUGUUUGUGUGUGUGUGUGGGUGAGAGAGAGAGAGACAGAGAGAGAGACAGAGAGAGGGAGAAAACUGAUGGACAGAAUAUUGUUUAUAAACAAGACAUUUAAUAUCUUCAUCAUGACAAUUUUUUAUUUCUUUGAGGUCUCUUAUUUGACCUCAUUUUUCUGCUUACCAUAUCUAGAAAGUUCAGGGUGCAUGACAUUUGUGUUUUAUUGUUUCUGAGGCUGUUUUAUAUGCAGUCACAGAAAUAAGAUAUACAAAAAACAUGCAUACGCAUACAAACUGCACACUCUUGCAUGCAUUCAUAGUCUCUCUCUUACACACAUGCAUUUCUGCAUUCACAAACUUAUUUCAAAUCUUCCUAGUCUGUCUCUUUCUCUUUCCAUUUGUCAUUUUUCUUUACAGUCCAUUGAUUUACAUCAACAUUUCACUUUUAUUUAUUUUUUAUCAUACACAUUGAAGAAUGCACAGAACUACUUAACUGUAUACUGUACACAUGGAUUCACUAACCUAGGUCUGUAAACAUUCAACUUUCAGAGUACUUAUUACAAUGCCUGCACGCAUGGGCAUGUUCACCUACUCUCUCUUUUACAUGCACACACACAUGUGCAAACCUGUUGACUAAAAUCUCAUUUACAGAGCUUUUAAAAUGUAUUUUUAAAUGUCAUUAAUUUAUUGUGCAGGUUUCAUGCUGCUGUGAUCUGUUAAUAGUAGUAAUACAAACAUUGUUUUCAAGUUUGCGUUAUCAUUGCCAUGGUUUCUAAGGAGAGAAGAGGUAAGGAAACCUUGCAACAAAUAUGUCUAAAGAGACAAAUUUUUCAGAACAAUUAAUGUUAUUUGUUGAGAUAGAUAUUUAAUAUCUAUGAUGCAUGAAUUUCAGUGAUAAAAGACUGCAGCAGUAUGGCGGCUUUUAGCUAAUUCUAAAAUGAUGCAUAUGGCAGAGGAACGACUGCAAGAUGUUUAGCUGUCACUUAUUGUAUAAAGCUUUAGUAAGAUUUGUCUUUAGGUGUGCAAAUCUGCUGUACAUGAAAGGCUUGGGUUUCUAAAUGUCAGUUUUAAAAAAUAACUUUAUCAUAUGUACUUAAAUGUAAAUAGUUUGGAAAUGCUGUAGCGUGUCAUCCUUACUAAUGAUGGAUUAGUCAAUAAUUAAACACAGAUCUGCUUGACUUUGGUGUGUAUGUGUGUGCAUGUGUGUUCGCGUAAUAUUAGUAUAAUGAAGUUUUAUUUCUUUAUGAGACUAUGUUCAUAUAGUUAGUAAUUUUCAUGUUUUCUAAUUGUGGCUUAUAUGUAAAAGUCUUCAUUGAUACACCUUUUCCUGUCCUGUUAUGUGUCAGCGAAAUAAUGUACCAAAUCAGAACAAAGUUUUUUAUAUGUCCCGCUUUCUUACUCUGAAUAAAUGUUGUGUACUCUA